AUGAUCGCUAGCGUCCUCCACCUCACAUUCCUCUAUAUACUUGCAUAUGUUCGCAAUAUAUUCCCUACAUUGUUCUCAUAUACGAAUAUGCAUGUGCAUGUCUAUUUAUAUUUCUUACUCUUCUCCCUCCCCCAUCUCUCUCUCUAUCUAUCUAUCUAUCUAUCUAUCUAUCUAUCUAUCUAUCUAUCUAUCUUGAUCCGAAGUUUACCGAUCGACCGUGCACGUAGCAACCGUAAGGGUCAGCCAUUAUGUAUGGAGCAGUAUUACCGCCUGUUUACAUCCUACCGCUUUCCGGGUCUCAACAAGGACAAUUUGAUCACCAACAGUACGAAACUGUUGCCAGAACCCGAACAUAUAAUUGUAAUUUGCAAGAAUCAGUUUUUCGUGGUGGACGUUCUCUUGAAUGCAUCGAGAUUGACCGAUGAUGAUCUUUACACGCAAUUAUGGAGAAUUGCCAAAGUAGCUGAAGAAGGAGAGAAAACCGCUGAACAAGUAGGAAUCCUCACUUCUUGGAAAAGAAACAAAUGGGCUGCUACUAGAAACAAGCUUUUAGAAGAUGCCACGAAUCGUGAAUCACUGGACAUGAUCGAGGGAAGUAUCUUCAUCCUUUGCCUGGACAAAAAACCACCAAUCACCUUCAACCACCAGAACAGUAUUGAUGAGACGCGCUCCAAUCAAAGAGACGAUGUUUCCAUUGAUAAUUUUAAUUUUACUCUCUCUCUCUCUCUCUCUCUCUCAUGUGCUCUUAGUAUCUCUCUCCCUCUCAGCUUUGUCACACACACGCGAUCUUACUGUCUGUCUGUCUGUCUGUCUGUCUCUCUGUCUCUCAAGAGCUAUUAUUGUCUUUCCUUCACUCUCUCUCAAUCUUUCUCUCUCUCUCUCUCUCUCUCUCUCUCUCUCUCUCACACACGAUCUUUUUCUCUCACUCACACACACAUGAUCUUAGUCUGUCUAUCUCGGGCGAUCUUACUGUCUCUCUCACUCAGGCGCAGUUACAGUCUUUCUCUCUCUCUCUCUCUCUCUCUCACUCAGGUGCUCUUAGUCUCUCUCUCUUACUCAGGCGCUCAAUCUCUCUCUCUCUCUCUCUCUCUCUCUCUCUCUCUCUUUCUUAGGCACUCUUACUCUCUCUCUCUCACUCUCUCUCUCUCUCAGGCGCUCUUACUGUCUCUCUCACUCAGGCAUUAUUACCUGACUCACGCUUUUGGUCUCAUUCUCUCUCUCCCUCUGACUUAA